UUCCAAAUAACAAACUGUCUUAAGACUGCCUAACACCAUUCAAAUUGCAAUUAUUCGCUGAUCGGUUGGUGACUGGAGUAGCUGGCCACUUCCGUCCUAGUCACGUGGGACACCUGGCCACCAGGUAGCGCUCCUCAUCGUCCUUUGGGUAGACAAGUGAAGGAAAAGAUCUUAUCUGUGUCCAGUCAUGGCAUGUAGCUCUCUCCGCCUCCUCAUCACCAUCUUAUUGCUCUUGGUGUUCUUAGCUCCCAUUGAAACAGAUAACAGAGGCAAAGCCAGUCGAGGAAGGAGUAAAGGUAGAGGACCCAGAUGGUGGAGUGUUGUAGAUUCGGAAGAACCUAGCAAUUUGGUAUUGGAAUCUCAUCACAACGCGAUAUCAUCGGGCGAUACAAAUGUGCCAUUACGUCGGAAACAAGAGAGAUUGGUGCAAGAAAAUCCAGGAGUUUUGCUUGCCAUUAGUAAAGGACUUAAAAUGGCCUUACAUGAAUGUAAUUACCAAUUCCGCGACAGAAGGUGGAAUUGUCCUGUCAAGGAUAAAGGAAGAAUACUUUUUGGGAAAAUUGUACAGAGCGGUCCCUUUACUCACGAUGAAGAUGUAUGUUCCCCUCAAUACAUCGCUCACAGCCAGGCCGUGUAA